ACUUCUGAUUCUUUAUUUAGCCAUACAACCGAUUGUCUCCUACGACCUUACUAAUAACUAUACCUUUAAUAUUUCAUGAUGAAUAAUACAGCAUGGAAUCUUACACGAGUUCACGUUGGCCUGCUAGCAGCUGGAUGCUAACGUUAGCUAACUCCCAAAUAUAACGGUUACCAACAUAUCAGCAAGCGCAGCAUUUCCAUUCAUAGUCAGUAACUGUGAUGAUUUCCAUUAAAUGGCAUCAUCUGCUGUCUAUUACACAAAUGUCCAGAAAUAAUUAGAAUAAAAUCACGUUACAAAACGCCUCGAAUGUGCCCCACUAUCCUUAAGACAAGAACUUUAAAAGUGAUUUUAUUGAUUGCUGUAGUUGCCGUAAAGCCAGGAGUUAAAGCAACAGGAAGAGAAUCGUAGCAGUACUAUUGGUUCAGACGCACAUCAUAUUAACUGGCAACCAUUGAGUUUAAAUACCUUCUUAUGCUGUUUGGGGACUUUAUCAGGAAAAAGCAAAGAUGGACUCCAAUGAGGAGGGGGGUCUCAGUGUGGGAGGCUCUGUGGGAGAAGAAAACUAUUUCUUGGGCUACACCUUCACUGACCGCUCCCACUCAACCCGGGUGGUCAAGAGCAUUAUGGACCUGUGCCUGGAAGACGGCCUGUUUGCCGAUGUCACCAUCACAGUGGACAGCAAAGAGUUCCACCUGCACCGACUUGUGCUCUCAGCGCAGAGCAGUUUCUUCCGGUCCAUGUUCACUUCCAACCUUAAAGAGUCACACAACCGCAGCAUUGAGCUGAAGGAUGUCAGCGCCACUGUCUUUCAGUUGUUAAUAGACUACAUCUACCAUGGCACAAUUAAACUGAGGGUGGAGGAACUGCAGGACACGUAUGAGAUGGCGGACAUGUAUCAGCUGACGGCUCUGUUUGAGGAGUGCUCACGUUUUCUCUCACGGACAGUGGAAGUGAAGAACUGCCUGCAGGUGAUGUGGCUUGCAGACAGACACAGUGACCAGGAGUUAUAUACUGCUGCAAAGCACUGUGCUAAAAUCCACCUGGCCCAGCUGCAUCAGACAGAAGAAUUUCUCAACCUGCCUCUCUGUUUACUCUUGGACAUUAUCAAAGAUGGAGUUCCAAGUUCCCAGAAUCCAACAGUGGCAAUCGAGUCGUGGAUAAACCACAAUAAGGUGGAGAGAGAGGAGUUUUCUUGUGACCUUCAAGAAAAUCUUAAGGAGAUUGGUGAGAAUGUCCACAUUUACCUAAUUGGUAAAGAAGAGACAAGGACUCACUCCCUGGCAGUGUCACUUCACUGUGAUGAGGAUGACGCCAUCAGCGUGAGCGGCCAAAAUAGCUUAUGCCAUCAGAUAACUGCAGCCUGCAAACAUGGAGCUGACCUGUAUGUGGUGGGUGGCUCCAUCCCUCGCCGCAUGUGGAAGUGCAACAUGCACACAAUGGACUGGGAGCGCUGUGCCCCCCUGCCCCGAGACCGACUUCACCACACAAUGGUGUCCGUCACUAGCGAGGAUGCUAUCUACUCACUAGGGGGUAAGACCUUACAGGACACACUGUCCAAUGCUGUCAUAUACUACACAGUGAAGGACAACAUGUGGACAGAGACCAGCCAGCUGGACACUGCGGUGUCGGGGGCUGCUGGUGUUAACCUGGGAGGCACAAUCUACCUGCUCGGAGGGGAGGAGAACGACAUGGACUUUUUCACUAAGCCAUCCCGCCUCAUUCAGUGUUUUGACACCUCCUCUCAGAAGUGCCAAAUAAAACCUUACAUGCUGCCAUUUGCGGGCUGCAUGCAUGCCGCUGUCCACAUGGAUGUAAUCUUCAUUGUAGCAGAAGGAGACUCUCUGGUGUGCUACAACCCUUUGCUGGAAAGCUUCACCCGCCUGCGCUUCCCUGAGGUUUGGAGCUGCGUUCCUUCGCUGUGGAAGGUGGCCAGCUGUAACGGAUGCAUAUACGUGUUCCGGGACAAAUGUAAAAAAGGUGACGUGAACACUUUAAAAUUUAACCCAGCUACAUCGGUUGUCUCUGUUAUCAGAGGAAUAAAAAUCCUCCUCACAAACUGGCAGUUUGUUUUGGCCUAAGCUGGGUUUUCACUGUGCGGUCCACUCAAAGACAAUCAGGGAACACUGUUGAACAACCUACCGUGACCUCACUGGUCAGACAUCCCAAGUGCAGACUUGUUCAAAGUGUAUUUACUGCGCUGACGUCUGUGUGACUCACUUCAUUCAGACUCAAACGGCAUACCAGUAGAGACUCUCUGUGUGUGUGUGUGUGUGUGUGUGUGUGUGUGUGUGUGUGUGUGUGUGUGUGUGUGUGUGUGUGUGUGUGUGUGUGUGUGUGUGUGUGUGUGUCAGAUGCUUGCAUUACAGUGUGUCUCAUGUGAAUCCCUUUAGCUGAGAAGUCAAAUUGUGGUGAUGCUGUAACCAGUGAUGAACUAAUCAACAUUGUUUCCUGUGCACUGCCUGUUUAUUGACAAGCAUGAACAAUGUAAGUAUAAACCUUUACUUAACAUAGAACAUCCUUCUGUAAAUGUUAAGUGAAGUGUAUCAUCAUGCAGGCUAACGGUCAACUUUGAAGAAAACCUACAUUAACGUUAUUACACAAUGUUUUGUAGCUUUUUUGAAUCUCCGCUGUUGUACUUUUUGGAUGUACAGUGUAUGUGUUGAAGUUAAGCUGAUGCCAUAAAUGUCAAAUAUAUCACUCUAA